AUGUCGCAGGUUUGCGUCGCCGUGCACUCAGAUUCCUCCAUGGAUCUGUACACGUCAGCACACGCUACAGGCCAUGGCGUUCCUCACGGCGGCUCUCGCGGUGAGACCCACAGCCAGGGAGGCAGGGUAAGCCGCCGGAAUUCUGGUAGAAUUUCCGUAGAAAAGAACGAUUCUGACGCGUCGCGAGUAAAGGACGUGAGCCGCAGGGCUGUCGACUCCGCAGAUAAGGCGAUUCGCUUUCGUUCCUUAGUGCGUGAUGACGUGGCCAGCGCCAAUACGAGCAGCGGGUCGCAGUCCAGCAUCGUGAUUCACGAUGACGUGGCAGACGAAGCCGCGAGUUUCAUGGCGCACGACGCGCCGUGGAUUGCGGACACGGACGACGACGGCUCCUUGAGAGACUGUAGCGAAGAAACCGUAGAAAUUAGACCAGACGGGAGGGCGAAUCGGAGCAUUCACAGAAACGACGAGGAAACUCACGGCGGGUUGGAAAGCCAAGGCAGCUCGCGCUUCGGAGCGGGAGAUAGGAGCGACUCGGAAGUAGGGCUCGGCAGCGCGCGGAAAGAGCCAACGGGUAGGGUUCGCGCUCGUCGUGCUAAAGCCGUUGCCAGCGGGGACUCCGCAGCGGAGGCAGCGCGAGAGAGUUCCUGUGGACACGACUCGAUGACCGUUGAGUCAACUCUAACGUCAUGCCGGACUGAAGCCAUGCGCGAGUCGAGAGCCGUCUCUGCAGCAGAGGCUGCGGAAGGGAGAUCCCGCACGCACGCACCGACGGUUGAAGGCUCGGCUCGUCGCAAGUCGUCUCGGUUGUCCGCCUCGCACUCCCGCUCGUCUUCUUCUUCCUCCGCUGCCCUACAGACUCUGCAGGCACAGCAGACAACAGAGGGGGAAAUGCAGUCGCAGAAAUCGCUGCAGCAAGCCCAUGGUCUCAUCAGAUCCCCUUCUCAAGCGAGCAGCAGCCACAGCAACGGCAACAAGCUCCCUGAUAGAGCAGAGCCACUAGAGAAACCGCGAGGGCAACGAGCCGCACCAAAGGCAGCAACGUCUGCUGUAGCAGCAGUAGGAAGGGGAGGAGGAGGAGGCAGAGGAGGAGGAGGAGGAGGAGGGGGAGGAGGAGGAGGAGGAGGAGGAGGAGGAGGAGGAGGAGGAGGAGGAGGAGGAGGAGGAGGAGGAGGAGGAGGAGGAGGAGGAGGAGGAGGAGGAGAGGAGGAGGAGGAGGAGGAGGAGGAAGAGGAGGAGGAAGAGGAGGUGGAAGGUCAGGAAGGGGAGGGCAGGUGCAGAGGUGUGCGAGCGACUUAA